UAAAAUAUGCAGAAAUUAAAUCAGUUUUAUUUGUGCCCUGUACACCAAACGACUGGUAUAUUUUUUCUGAAGAAGUCUUGAACAAAAUGGCGAAUAAGAUCAUAUUUAGUGGACUCAUCGUCGCUCUGCUCCAAGUGGCGAGCGCAGAGGAAGCUAAUCCCGAGCCCUAUAUGAAUGAUGCUCCUUUAACAAUAUACGUGGAUGCCGGGAAGGAAAUAGACCAAUUUCUUAGCUUAGCGAAAUCAAUCGACGGAAAGCUAAGUGUUUUAGGGGAUGCACUGGAAAGUAUUACUCAAAAGGUGUCUAAAUUGGAAAGGAGAGAAUUAAGAAACCAGCAGACAAGACGGAUGUUGGUGGAAGUCAAAGCAACCGCGGAGAGGAUGUCAGCGGAAGUCAAAGCAACCGAGGAACGGUGUACUCAAAAAGUAUCUGAAUUGGAAAGGAAAUUAGAAGACUUAAUAAACCCGCAGACAAAAAGUUCAGCAGUUGCCACUCGUCCCAAACGUCGCGCAGAGCUUGCUUGCGAGAAAACACAUGGCUUACGAUCAGCUGGAAUACGCAAUAAUACUAUACCUUACAUAAUUAAUUUUGUUGACGAUUAUGCAGAUAGUAGAAAUCGUGAUGGCGUUUUGAUCGAGAAACGUUUUGUGUUAAUAAUUGCAAUGCGCUGGUCAUUCUUACAUUCCAAUAUCAAAAAACUCAAAUUUUCGUUCUCAAAUAGGAUAGUAUCCAAGAGAAUAAAGAAAGUACAUACCGUAGGAGAGUAUUUCCUUGAUUCUAUUAUUUUGGUUGAACUGGAUAGUGAUGUGGACUACAAUAACUGGUUGUAUCCUACUUGUUUAUACACUUCAGAAUUGAAUCCGAAAAGUGGUCUCAUAAAUGAUGGCAAAACAAUUCAGAUUGUGAAGGAUUCUAAAUGCUACAUACCGUAUUCUAAGAAGCUGUCCCCUUCUGAAAUAUGUGUAUAUGGCGGUUGCAGUUUUACUGAUAACCUAGUAUUCCUUGUAGAGGAGGAAACAACACCUCAGCUGUUUGGAUUUGUACAUUGCAAUGACUAUUUUGAAUACCAAACGUUAUAUAAAGUGUUUCCUAACUUGGACUUUAUAGAGAACAUUGUCUGGCCGAAGAAUGGAAACUGAAUUUUGAAUGUAGACAAUAAAUUUUUAUGGUUUUACUCACCAUAUUUAUAAACAUGUAAA